AUGAACGAAUAUGGUAGCGAAGAAGGCUCAGGUCCCAGCGAGGAAGAAAGCGGGACGGACAUCGAUAUUGACGGACCGCGAGUGGCUCAAUGGGGUGGAGAUGAAGACGAUGGAAAUGUUUCUAACCUCGAACUUGAAUAUGACAAGGGAGAGGGUCCCUCGAAGCCCACGCAGGUUCCAGACAAUGACAUUUCUUCGCUACCAUAUGGUAGUCUCUUGAAGGCGCGACGAGUACUCGACCAAGCUCGUGUUGAGAGCGACUUAGAUAACUCGGACGGAGCAGAAAGCGACGACGACUCUUAUGUAUCAGAGGGGAAUAUUAAAGAAGAGCAAAGUCGUACUGUUUUGAAGCAGAAACCAGCGAAACCUGAGAAGCGAGCUCAUAAACAUGCUCCCGUCGAGAUGACAUCCAAGCGAGCAGUCACUCGAAGAAGACAAGUAGUCGAAGUAAAGAAAGUGAACUACCGCGACCCAAGGUUCUCGUCUGUAACCAACGAUGACGUGCAAGAAUCAUUUCGAAAAAAUUAUUCGUUCCUGGAAGACAUACACAAAAAUGAGUACGACGCACUAAAAGAAAAUGUCAAACGGGCACGUAAAUUGCUUCGAUCUUCACCCAGAGAUCAACGAGAAGCGCGUGAAGAGGAAUUGGAUAGGCUUGAGCGGGCAUUUAAAAGGGCUGAAAGCGCGAUCAAUCGAGAUAGACGUGAGGCCGUGGAACGACAGGCCCUCGAGAAAGCACACAAGGAAGAGAAGGAACGGAGAAAAUCUGGGAAGGGCGAGUGGCACAUGAAGAAGUCUGCGAAGAAGGAGUUACUACUUAAAGCUCGUCACGAUGCAUUGGCGGAAAGCGGUGGUCGGCUUGCAGUACGGAAAGCUAUUGAGAAACGACAGAAGAAAAUCAGUCAGAAGGAAAAGAGGCAACGGCCGUCCUUUGCUGGUCGACCUCCACAGAGAGGGAAUGCUGAAAAUCAAAGGUCCAGUAAAAGGCGGAAAGUCUCGGUGUCAUAG